AUGGCUGAAAAGGAUUUCAUGGCACUAAAAGCUCAUUUUCAUGAUGCCUAUGUCACUUCAAAACCGAUGAAAGAGUGGCAUAACAUAGAUUUUUAUGUCUGCAAGUUACUGGAAAAUAAUCCAGAGUUAUCGAAAAAUGAUUGUUUCGCAGUUUGUUGUCAGAGUUUGGGUUCAUUAUCAAAUCAGCGUAAACAUAACAAUGAGAAGAUUGUAGCUAACAACGCUGAAAUUCAACAGAAAAAAACUAUCCAACAUCAACAAACUACUGUUUCUGCUAUUAACUUAGUCACCAAAGAAAUUGAUGAACUAGCAUCACAUAAACAUCAACGAGAGCCUUCGAAUAGGAUGUUAUUCAGAGAAACAAAGAAGAUCUGUUACAUUGAAUCCUCAAAUUUAGAUUUAGAGAAUGUAGAAGAAUCUAAGAAAUCUAUCAAGAAUAAAAAUGUAAGAUUACAACAAUAUGUUUGCAAUAAUUUUAUUUCUUGUAAAACCAUACUAUGUUCAACAGUUCAUUCAGCUACAAGCACUUCAUUUGUAACAUCUAAUAUAAUUUAUUUAGCUACAAGCAUUUUAAUUAUGACAUCUAAUAAACCCAUUAUUACAAAAGCAACAUAUAAUGAAUAUUCUGCAUACAUAAUAUGUGCUUUUAAUACAAUGAUACAUCUUGUUAAGGAAACUGUUGAAAAACUGGUGUAUGAAAAAGUUAGAAAUAUGCUUCAAAUGGGAAACAAAUUGGUUAUGAAUGAUUUGAUAAUCAAAAAGCUCAAAAACAUAUUUCAAGCAAGUUAUUCUGAAAUCAAAUCUAAAAUAAUUUUAGAGAUGAAUAUCGAAGAUAAUCAAACAAUGAAAGAGAGUAGAUUUAUAUUCUUUAUUCAAUAUGCAUUACUAGACUUUGUUUUUAUGUUUAGAUAUUUAAUGCCAAAAGUUUUAGACCAUGAUAUGCUUAAAUGA